GAUUGCGUCUACUCUCGCGAGAGUAGUUGAGAGCGCGGAAAAGACAUGCCUGCUGUAAAAGUUAGGGGCUGUUAACAAUAGCGUUGGUUUAAUGCGUGUUUACGAGUAAUAAACUCGAAUGUACGAGUAUAUGACGCGGUGGGAGGGCAUGUAUUACUAAACAUGGAGAUAUAUCAAGAGGAAGAGUAUAAUGUUACACAUAUCCCAAUGUUCCAAAAGGUUGUGGAUAUGUUUGACUCACGUCCUGGGUUUCAACGGAUAGUAAGACUGGGCCUCCUUGCCAAUAUGGGCUAUACUGACGAGCUAGAUGAUACAGGUGAGGAGGAUUACCAGUUUGACCCUUGGGCUCAUGGUCAAAACAGUUCCCGUCAAUACUCAAGGCCGUCUGACAGGACUACUGGGAACCAUACAAGGUUGUCCGGCUCAGUUUAUCCACUUCCAACACAUUACUACGCUGCAGCUCGAGACGUUCCUCUCUCAUCCUCUGUAAAAGUUCAACCCAAAGAGAGUAAUGCAGAAAGGAAAGCCAGAUUAUUACAAGAUGAGAAGAAAAGCAAAGAAAAGGCUGACAAGAAGCGUCUUAAGAAACAGAAACAGAAGGAAAGAAGGCGCCUUGAGAGGGCAAAACAAAACUCUGUGAAAAAUAACGAGGAAAAAGUCGACGAACAGCAAACCAAAGCAGAGGAGAGUAAAGCAGUUAAUGAUAAAUCGAAUUCCAGUGCUUCAGCCAAAGACACAGACAGCAGUGACUGUAGUGAGGACGAGUCCAGUGAUGAAGAUGGCGACACCAAGAAUGACUCGGACGACUCUGAGGAACUGGAUAUGACAAGUACUUUUGUGAGUAAAGCUGCUCUUAUAGCCCAGCGGAAAAUGGAGCAGAAGCCCAGACCUGAGCGGAAGGAGAAAAAGAAGACCCCGGUUAAAGGAGAGCCGAAAACCGUCCCUGACGAACCUAAUGAAGACCUGGAGGCAGAGAAGAAGAAUCAUGCCGGCCCAAAGAGUCCCACUCUUGAAGAUAAUAUAAAAACAAGUACUGAUCUUGCAAAUGUGGGAAAUAAGUUUGCAAGUGCUGGAGACUUUAAUAUGGCCGUGAAGUAUUUCACGGAUGCAAUUAAAUAUAACCCGACAGAGUUUAAGCUGUUUGGAAACCGUUCCUUCUGUUUUGAAAAGAUGCAAGAAUAUACGAAGGCGCUGGCUGAUGCAGAGUUGUCUCUCAGCAUGUGUCCGGGCUGGGUUAAAGGUCUGUUUAGGAAAGGCAGAGCUUUGGCAGGUCUAAAGAUGUAUGAAGAGGCUGCUCAGGCCUUCAUGGAGGUUCUCAAACUGGACAGUACAUGUGCAGAAGCAGCGCAGGAACUAAUGCGGGUGCAGAUAACACAGCUAAUGGGGUACGGUUUCACCCGGGAGCAGAGCUCAAACGCCUUAAUUAUACAUGGGACAGUAAAUAAAGCAGUAGAGGUUCUGUCCAAAUUAAACCAGCAACCAGGAGCUUUUCAAAAUGGCGGGCUCCCACUGGCUCCGGUAGCGAAUGUCAGCGGCUUCUCUCCUGUCCUUUCAGCCAACAUAAACACCGCCGUUCCUCCUCAGUCUCAGGAGGCGCAGAGAGCACCAAAUAAGAGCAAACCUUUAGGCCCAGUCCAGAAUAUGUCCAAUGUUAAGACUCAACCAAAGCCCACUCCUGAUCAGGCCACAAAGACCCCCAGUGAAGGUCACCCACCACACAGGGAGCUGUUUCCAGUUUGGGUGGGAAACUUGAUUAACCCGGUAACAGAGGCCAUGAUAACUAACCUGUUUAACAAGGCCGGGCUUGUCUUUAGUGUGCACAUUCUGCGAUUCAAACGGUGUGCAUUCGUAAACUAUACAAAACAAGAGUUUUGUGAAGAGGCAAUCAGGCGCUUUCAUGGCUCUGAGCUGAACGGCAACAAGCUUGCUGUGAGAUAUCCAGACAGGAUUCCUCGAGGCAUGGGCAUUUCCAAAUCUGCCCUUAAGUCUGUCGACAUGCAAGAUGAGAAUGUGGGGCAAAACAAUUGUGUUGAUGGGAGGAAUGCAGCUGGAGGCCACAGACCUUUUCGUCCAUCUAGACACGUCCCCGACUACAGAGGCAACCUUAAACCCUGAAAGGAACCGAGAUGCCUAAUUAACUGCCCUUAUCAAUAAAAACAAUCGCUUAUAUUGUCCAUCACGGAUUCAUCUACGGUUUUAAGGCUUUGCUUCCUUUUUGAAGUAUUUUUAGUUGACCACAAAACUAUUCUUAACUUUUAGUUUAAAAAAGAAGGAUAAGUGUUAGUCUGAAAAUGAUGCCCACUGAGAAACGAAUGAUGAUCUUUUAUAUAUUUUUAAUACCAAAAGAAAAGCCUCAAGUUACACAGUUUAUGUACAAUGAUUCCAGGUGUUUAAUAAAAUCGCCUCAAUGCCAUGAUCGUUAAAGCCACGCCGGUGAUAUUCUAGGAGGCUGUUUUAAAUGUCAGUAUUCAGGAACAUCAGUUUAUUACGUUACAUAAUUCAUUUGAGGUUGAAGUUUAACCAGCAGAAUGUCUGCAACAAGUUAAAUGGUCAUGUCAGUAGACAUAAGACACACAGAUGUGCUAUGUUGAUCUUAAUUACAUAUAUUUACUUUAAAAUACGGUAUUACAAGAGCCUCACAUUUAUGGCCUGUAUGGAAAUCAUCUAUAUUCAUUAUCAACAUUUAGAGUCUUCACUAUUGAUGAUGUAACAUGAGCUGCUUGCUAUAAACAGUCCUUAUAUUCUGUAAUACAACUGGCAUUACUUUGUUGAAUAUUUAAUCACAGUUUAAUUCUUAAUUUUCAUUUUUCAGCCACAAGACAAGUUUUAAAAUCUACCAGCUCUUCAGCAGUGGUUGAUCAUACGGUGGCCUAUAUUUCUUUUAUUCAGAUUUCCUCAUUAAUGUUUAAGAGUUUAUGUUCUUAAUGAAAGAAUUAAAGAUUAUUUCGUA